AUGCAUUCAUAUUUAGUUAAGAAUGCCAAAUCAGAACUUAAUUAUAUUGAUCCAAAUAUUUGCCAAGAAAAUUUCUUAUCAGUAUUCAACAAAAUCACAAUAUUUAUAAAAGAUGGUACUGAUUUAUUUAGCAAAAAAGAUUUAUUUUCUUUUCUAGAAGAACUUACAAUAAAAAAAGACACAGAAGAGUUUUCAAAAGAAUUAGAUGACUUAGUUAAAGAAAAUUUAACAAGUUUAGAAGUCAAAAAUUUCAUAACUUUAUUGUUCAAAUUAGAGCUUAAUGA